GAGCUGGGGAGCAACGAGUACCGUGAUCUUACCCGAGUGUGGCGGCGGGUUCAAUACACACACUCCCUUGGAACUUGACGCAGUGACUCUACAAUUUACAAAUAUUUUAUGACGUUCCUUAUGUCAAUACUUUUGUUAACUUUACAAGGCCAGUGACUGUGAACCGUGAGUGUAUUGUCAUGAUUCGUGAGUGGUGUUUGAGCCAUCGGUGUGUGUGGUGGUGCGGCAGUGAGUGUCAUGAGGCGGGAAAUCCGGGGUGUGUGUGACUGUUGAGGACCAACCACGACUGCGUAUUACGCCUCUACCCUCCCGACGUUUCAUACACUUCUGAUACAUCACCACGUAAUGAAGAGAAACACUGAAUGAAGGUAUCCAGCUGUAAAUUACCGACAAGAGUGACUGCUGGGGUGGAAGUGUUGUGUUAUAUUCAGUGUGGUUGUGUAGCGGUGCCGCCUGCGUUAUAGUCAUCAUGGACAACGAGAGUAUGAGCGGCAGCACUUCCAUACCCCCGGACACUGUCAACCUGAGCACCAACACGGGCGUGGGUGGUGGGGUGAGGGAGAUGGGCAGUGUGGGCAUGAGCGGAUCAACUCGACGCACCUCGCGAGUGUGGCGAUACUUCGGUAUGGUGGACAAUUGUCACUAUAUCUGUCGCUUGUGUUCCUUCGUGGGCGCCUACACCAACACCACCAACAUGAGGAAACACAUCCAGCACCACCACCCAGAGCGGUUCCAAGAUAUUCUGGAUCACACUCGACCAAGUACUCGACCAUUCUAUGUAGGUUCCAUUCCCCGCAUGCGGCCACCACAGCACUUCACGCAGCAGCAGACCUCCCCUUACCCUGGCGGUCUAGUCUACCCUCACACACUCCCUGGUAAGAGGAUGAUCUUACCCAAACCCACAGAGAUGUCUUAUGUCCAUGGCGACACAAGUAUGCCGUCGAUCAUCACCUCGCAACAGUGUUCACACAUGACCUCCCAGCCUUCACUAUCUGAGUCCUCAGCCGGGACUUCAUACCCCACCAUGACGUCUCACAUCCCUGUAACGUCUCACGCCGCUUCAUCAGGCCAACUCAACACAGUAACUGUGUGUGAACUAAGUCCUGAGGAAACCAAACUGGUGAGUCAGUUUCUUCCGACUCUCAGUGAAGCCACCGACUGCUCCAGCGAUUCGGAAACAACUUCAAGAGGUUUGGCAGCACCAGAGGAUCAUGGAAGCAGUGAUUUUAGCCACAACAAUGGUGAUGAAGUUCCUGUUGCUGUAUCCCCAGAGUUGUUUCUGGCAGAAUCUAAUGAACGAGAAUCUACUCCAGCACCACCCACUCCUACUCCACAGAAACCAGAGAGUUAUCAGUUGAGGCAUAACAACCACCUGACCAUUGUCCUCGAGGCAUUGGCCAGAGACGAGUCAUUCAUGGAUGUCACACUAACAGCUCAGGGCCGCUCUCUCAAAGCUCAUAAGUCUGUACUGUCAGCUGUAAGUCCAUAUUUCCGAGGUGUACUGAGAGACAAUCCGUGUCAGCAUCCAAUCAUUAUCAUGCCUCGAGAUGUGCGCUUUGAAGAACUUUUCAGCAUUGUUAAUUACAUAUACAAGGGUGAAAUGACAGUAGCAGCUGAGGAUCUAACUUCACUUCUCAAGACAGCAGAGAUUCUACAAGUCUCAGGCUUGGCACCAUCAGAUUCCUCAGCGACUGUAAAUCCUCACACUGAGUCCUCAACGGCUGGCAAUGCUCGGUCUUCAUCUGCCUCCUCUUCAUCCUCCUCUUCCAAUCUUCCAUCAGUAUCCAAGACAUCAAGAAUGGUUAAAACAUCAACUCAGCAAACCACAACUCCACCAGCAAGACCCAAAUCAAGAGACAGCAUGAUUAAUCCCACAGACUUCAUGGAUGUUGACAUGACCUGUGUAAAAGAGGAAGUUCAGAGUGCAGAUGAAGAGGAAAGUGAAGAGCAAGUCACAAAAGAGUCUUCUUCCCAGCCUCCAGGAGGUGGAAUGAAAGGAGAUCAGACUUUGCAACACAGCUUAACAACAUUUUCACCUUCUUUUGACCCAGACCUUGAACAACCAACAGCUUCCACAAGUUCAUCUCAAGAUAUUAGUCCUACCACACUUCCUAUAAAAUCUGAUCCAGAAACUGAAAUAAAUCCCUUGGGUACUGUUGGCACAGAAGACCCACAUCCAUUUAUGUGCCCACACUGUCAGGAGCACCACAGAGAUAUGGACACUAUGAUCACCCACUUGAGAGUGAGGCAUCCCACCAAACCCAGUUUUACUUGUGGAUGUGGUCGUGUAUAUACUCGACAAAUGCUUCACCAGGCACAUGCAAGGAUGUGUUCUAGUUUGUCUUAAAUUUUAGAGUUCAGUAUGAAACUAGAAGGGUGUUAUUUAAAGUGUCUAGUAAGACUCAGUUGUGGAAUCCAAUUUUUGUAAAAAUCUUUGAUAUGACAAGCUCACUCCUUGUUCAUAUAUAUUUCUUUACAGUGCAAUCACAAGCAAAGCUGAAAUGCAUAAGAUAUGGCUUUUAAGUGACAUUACACCUGGCAGAUAUUGUGUUGUAUAUCAUACAAGUAGACCAUAACAAGACUGAAUUGAUAGUAAUCCCGAGUAACUCCCAUCAAGGUGAAAGUAUGUAAUUGAUUUUUUUUUAAGAUAUUAAAAGAAGUAUAAGCAGUAUACAUUACUAUCAGCAGAGCAACUUGUAACUAUGCUUAUAAUACAGUAUUCAAAGUAACUAAUAGCCUUAUGCUUGGCUUUGGCAAAGCAAGUGUAGCCAGACAAGUCUACAGGUAGAAAACUCAGGUUCCCACAACCCAGAUAUUGUUGACUGGAACUAAUUUGAACAUUGUUUUACUUCACUACAGUAUUGCAACUCGAUUUUUUACUGAAAAAUGAGUAUAGAUGAAGAUUGUUCCUGAUCCCCAUAUAACUUUGCUAUAAAGCAUCACUUACUGGGUUGACCCCUCCAGUAAAGUGAGCAAUAAAAGCAGACAUCUCUUCUUUUUUGUCCUUUUUGGAACUGGAGGGUGUAGUAUUACAGGUACAGUUCUGGAUGUUUUACCACAUUGCAUGGGUUUGUUUAUUGAUCUUGUUUCAAAUUGGUUGGCAAGUUGAUUACAAAACCUUCUCAACCCUGCAUUAUGCCUAUACAUCAUGGUGUGUAACUCAGCUCUCCCACUAUUGUUUUGAUCUAGAUGUCUGAUGAUUCAGAUUAGAAUUUUGGAAAACUUUCAUUUUAUCUGUCAGUUGGGAGGACAUAUCCUCUCAGGGGUUUAUUUUGUGCUCCUUUGCCUUCAAUUUAGAAUUUCAGGGAAUCUGACUGCUGACAUUAUCUGGAUUGGAUUAUUCAAUGAGGAGUAAUCAUUUUCCUCAUUGUCUGUUCCCGUUUUAAUGGGAAAUCUUCACUUUUGACUUACUUUAAAGUCCAUUAUCCUAGUUAACAAAA